AUGACUGGUAAAGAUUCAUUAACCGUGGAACAGCAGUCCCUCGAGGUGGAGUACAAGAAAACGGGUAUCAAUCCAUCUGACAUCGCCGCUCUGCGUCGCUGGCUCAAAACACAACCUCACUUGCCUGAAAAAUAUAUUACAGAUCUUGACCUAAUCCUGAUCUACUUCUGCUGUUACAAGAGUUCCGCAGUAUCAAAGGAAGUGUUAGACCUGCAUUAUACGCUGAAGACGCUCUUUACCAAUAUAUUUCACAAUCGAGUCGUCGAUGAGAGAAUAAUCAAAACUUUGAAUGUCGUUUUAGUGGUACCUCUUCCGAUACGAUCUUACGACAACAACCACGUCGUAUACCACAAGCUCAUCGACUGUGACACCAAGAACUUCAUUUUUUCAGACGUAAUCAGAGUAGUGCUGAUGUUGAUGGACCUCAGGCAGUUCGAGGACGGUACGUGGCCAGGGUUCAUCAUCCUCAUCGAUCUCAGUGGAGUCACGCUCGGUCACAUCGCUAAGCUCGACCUGUUGACUGUGCAACAGCUACUGUAUUAUUUGCAGGAAGCAAUGCUCGUAAAACUAAAAGGCCUACACUUCAUGAAUGCCCCAUCCUACGUGGACAAACUGCUGAUGGUGAUAAAGCCGUUCAUGAAGAAGGAGCUGCUGAACACUCUCUGCAUCCAUCAAGUCGGUUCAAAUACACUCGAGAAAGUUCUACCACUCGAGGCACUACCGAAAGACGCGGGAGGACAGUACAAGACUUUCGAAGAGGCUAAAAAUUAUGCCAUUGAAAAAGCCCUAGCGAAUAAGGAUUUCUUCGAGAAUGAAAACAAGAAACGCGUCGUAGAAUCACUAAGACCGGGAAAACCGAGAACUAUAACAGACAUAUUCGGCGGUGUGGAAGGCUCUUUUAAGAAAUUAGAAAUUGAUUAAUUUAUUGUGUGUUGUUGCGUAAUUUAUGAAGAUUAGAAUAUUUUGUAGUGACUGAACAUUUAGCAUGCGUUUUCAGAAAUUAUUAAAUCAGAUAUAUAUGAUUAAUAUCCCACAGUUACCAUAUUUUUGUUGGACGUUUUGAUUUUUUGAUAUUUCAGUACUUUUGCGAGCUCACAGCUUCAGUCGUUCAAACUCAGAAUAAUUAACAGCAAACAUUGGAAAACUUGUUGUGAUUUUUGAUAAUGAUUUGAUCUCGUAUUAUAUAUGCGUGUUCCACGCAAUUUUAUCUGUGAAAAAUACAUGUGUGCUUUAGACCACAA